CUCACAGUCAGACACUCAGAGGAACUGCUCUCCCUUUGAAGACUGCUCAUCAUCUGUUCUCCUCUUGUCAGAGUAACCGACCUCCAACACUGCAAACAUGAUGUCUUCCAGGAAGUCAUACUCAGUCUCCGGCUCUGGUGCCAGCUCGAGGAGGUCCAUUGUGCCAUCCUCCUACUCUGUACAAAGAUCCAGUUUUGGAUCAGGUGCAGGUUUUAGUGCUGGAGCAGCUGGCUCAGGUUAUGGUGGAGGUUUCAAUUCAGCUAGUGCUGGCGGUUAUGGUGGAGGUUUCAAUUCAGCUAGUGCUGGCGGUUAUGGUGGAGGUUUCAGUUCAGCUAGUGCUGGCGGUUAUGGCGGCCUUCGUGCCAGCCAAGCAGGAGGCCUCAUGUGCGCACCGAUCACAGCCGUCACAGUCAACCAGAGCCUGCUGACCCCCCUGAACCUUUCAAUUGACCCCAACAUCCAGACUGUCCGCACCCAUGAGAAGGAGCAGAUCAAGACCCUCAACAACCGCUUCGCCUCCUUCAUCGACAAGGUCAGGUUCCUGGAACAGCAGAACAAGAUGCUGGAGACCAAAUGGAGCCUCUUGCAGGACCAGACCACAACCCGCUCCAACAUCGAUAGCAUGUUCGAGGCUUACAUUUCCAACCUGCGCAGACAGCACGACGGACUGGGCAAUGAGAAGGCCAAGCUGGAGGGAGAGCUGAGGAACAUGCAGGGUCUGGUUGAGGACUUCAAGAAUAAGUAUGAAGAUGAAAUCAACAAACGUGCAGCUGCAGAGAACGAGUUUGUGCUCUUGAAGAAGGUGCAUAUACAUCAAAUAUACAUACAUUAUUCUGAAAUCCUG